UGGUGGCAACUUUUUUGCAUGGCCAUUAUUGCCGUCUAAUGCAAUGUUGCAACCUUGUGUACGCUUCCUGUCAAACUCUCUUUCUGCUCGCAGUGCAAGAAGCCAAUUGUUGUUCGAUGAAGAUGGACCACUCUGCAAUUUUGAAUGGAGGAGAGUUCUGUCCCUCUCUAAUCUCUCACAGCGCAACCCUUUAGUGAGAACUUCAUCAAAACCUCCGAAGCUGUAGAAUCCAUAGCCUCUUCAAUUCACACGCACAGUCAAUUUCUUGGUCGCCUUACCACUGCUCCCAAGGCGAUUCAAGCUGUCGGCCUAAGAUUUUUAUAUUAGAAAUAGCCCUGCAGCAAAGCAACAAGACACAUGAUACACAGAACCCCUUGUCAAUUGGCCAGCGUGCUCUCCAGCCAACCCACUGUUCACCUGUUGGACCUUUCUUCUUUAUAUCGCCUGUCGAAGCCUCCUUUUUCUCUUGCAGGCUCUUCUACACAUUGCAUGAGGCGCGUUUUUAAAGGUCUUUCACAAAAAAGGCCUGCAAGUUUUUUCCCUCCUGCAAAAGUCUGACAACUCCAGCAAUUCAAGCGGCUGAGUUUUGUAAAGACCCUCGAAACGAUUGAGCUCGAGGAAGCCCCAUGGAGCUCAAGGAACCUUCGUUUCUGCAAGCCACUGGAAGGCAUUCACUAGACAGUGACUCGACCUUCUACAGCAAUGGCAACCCGUUUGCAGACACCUUGCCUGAUCCACUCUGCAAGAUCAACCUCAAGGAGACGUCGGAGUUUGUGAAGGCACUCCCGGUGCCGUCUAGGUUUAGCGUAGACAGCAGGAGCGUUCUUCUAAAGUCCACGAGCCAAAGAAGUAAGGAAGGACUGAACUUGAUGGGCCAGAGAGGAGUGGAGAGCCCUUCCACUCCUUAUAGGGCUGCCAUCAGCUUCAGCCCAGGCCAUCCUUACAGGAAGAACGUCCCUUCUAAGUGGGAUGAUGCUGAGAAGUGGCUCAUCAGCAGCUCAUGCCAUGAAUCACCUGCUCAUCUCACAAAACUCAGACAAAGUGGGGUUUUCCCUCAGAAAGGUGGCUCCUUUGAGGAGAAGAAGGCACCGAGCUCCACAGUUCCAAGCUUUGAUGAGCCAUUCAUGCGUGUUGAUCCAAAUUUAUCUUCCAAUAAAGCCUCCACAGAUGUUCUUCUCAAAGAUAAGUUUACAGACAAUGUGGAGCAGCAGCCACAUUCCUAUUUCAGAUACUCAGAGCCAUCUAAAGAAGGCUUUUUCUUCGGAAGUUCAUACUUUGUGUGCAAGAACGACGACACAACCGCAGAGCUCAUGGAGCCUCAGCGCAGAGACACAGGCACCGAAAUGACUCCUUUAGGGAGCUCAAUGCCAACAAGAUGCCAUACUCCAAUCAAGAGCUCUUCACCAGCAAGGCACAACACUCCUGCUGAUAGGUCUGGGCCUUUGGUUCCCUGCAGCACCAGUAUUGCUAUUUCCGAGCUCAAGGACUGCCAUUUUGCGAAACUUGAGCUCGGUGCUCAGUAUCACUCGGUUGUCUCGAACUGGAGUUCAAGAGAAGAGGAAGAAAAGGAGGUGUCGAAGAGCUUGAGGCAUUUAGAAAUUACUGAUGGAAGCAAGAACAUUGGUGCAGCCAGGGCUUACGCAUGGGAGGAAGAUGAGAGGAAGAAAAGCUGUAUCAGAUACCAGCGAGAAGAAGCGCGAAUUCAAGCUUGGUUAAAUCUUCAGAAUGCCAAAGCAGAAGCACAGUCUAGAAAAUUGGAGGCAAUGGAAAUUGUCACUUACUCUUGUCAUUUUUUUCUUCCAGAAAAUAUCAUAACGAAACUGAAAACGAGCUGACUGAUUGUCGAGAAUGAUGAUUUUUACAGGUGAAGAUACAAAAGAUGAGAUCUAGUUUGGAAGAGAAGCUGAUGAAGAGGAUGGCAAUUGUUCACCGGAAAGCCGAGGAAUGCAGAGCAGCAGCUCAACAACAGCACUUGCAACAGUUGAGAGCAUCAGAACAAACACAAAAGAUGAAGAGCCAGCGCAAUUCUCACUUGUCGAUAGACAAAAAAUGUGGCUGUUUCCCUUGCAAAGGCCAGGUUUGAUACAAACAAAAAGAUCAUGUGUUGUACUUGGUAGACCAAAAAAUACAUGAGAAAAACUUCAUUCCUUUUUUGUAGGAGAAAAGUUUGAAAGAAAGUUCCUCUAGAUUUCACUAUAGAAUUGUCACUUAAGGAACACUUCUAAAAGCAUUCUUCAUUAACUUCAUUUAGAUUAGGGCGGUAAACGAGUCAAGGUUUGUGGUGCUCAAGUUUGUUUGAUAAGAUAACCAAGUCAAGUCGAGCCUAAAAUGAACCAAGCUGUUAAAAUAG